CAUUCCUUUGAUGUCGAGCAUGAACAGACAAACAAGCAAAGCGGCAAGCCCUAAAGAUCAGCCUAUGGCGGCUUCUCAUGGGCACCCAGGCAGUAGGCUCUCCGGGACGAUAAAUAGGAUAUCCUGUCACAAUGAAGCGCACACUCGCCGACAGCACCACGUCUAGCUUUCAAGACGCCAUAUUUGGACCACAAAUCAAGCGACCCAGACCCUCCCUAUGUGAUCGCCUUCAUGGACAGUCCAGCCGCAUGAUGCCUACGUCACGGGCUGAUAUCGUGGUGUCCAACGAUGCCUUCCUCUGGACUCUGGAUCUCGCAACGUUGCUGCGUCUCAAGCGAACCUGCAAGGCCAUCGAAGCCACCAUCCGCGGCUCCAGGGUCGUUCAAUUCCGCUUGUGGCUCAGCUCCAGUGGGUUGAACAUGUACCACAGCCACCAGGACUACCUCGAAGAUAAGAAUGGUGAAUACAAUGUCCAGAGCUCGAUCCUCGCUGGAGAAGCCAAACGCCUUGCACGACUCUACCCAUCGCCCUUCCCAGCCAUCGGUGACGAGCGUUGGAUCGUGAGGGUCAUGGAUGCUCCUGAGACCUCGACCGAGUUCACCAAGGCCGAACGGGCCACCGCAGCCGCAGUUUUUGCUCGACUCAUGAUGACUCGUGUCAUCAAGUCAAAUGACAAGAGCAAAAUGACCCCGGCAAAGAUCGAAACGUACUUCAAUGCGGUGGAGAAGGCCGCCAAGCUCGGGGACCCUGUCGCAGUGUAUUUGCUUGGCAUCGGGCUCUUGAAUCGUGCAAGAUCGGCAAAGUUACAACCAAGCAGAGCAAUCCUGAUCAAAGUGCUCUCGUAUCUCAAAAACGCCAGUGCCGCAGGAUAUCCCUUUGCCACCGCUCUCCUCGCCACCAUCUACAGGUCGAUGGGUUAUGACUCUGUUGACCAAUCCGAGAUGAAGUUCUGGAGACUUCUCUUCAACGCCCAGCACACGCAAUCCAACGAGGACUGGGCAUCUGUCUGUGAUUUCCAUGUCAAGGAGAUUGUUUCACACAGACCGGCCAUAAACCUCCCAAGAGUGCUUGUGGACACACUCAUAGACAAGAGCAAGACUUUGAAGCGCCUCUCCACUUUUGCGCCGUUGACGCUUUCCCAGAGUCGGGACAAGUACAAGCGUUUCCGCGGAGGAGAUUUUUUUGAAAUGUAUUUCGACGAGCGUGUCGAGCGCUGGGCCGAGCAUGAGUAUGAUGACAGAGAGGAUGCGAGCAACGUCAACUGCCACCAAUUG